AUGCCACCCCAAAUCAAACAGGACCUGAACCGCUCAGGUUGGGAAUCUACCGAUUUCCCGUCCGUUUGCGAAAACUGCUUGCCCGAGAAUCCUUACGUCAAGAUGCUCAAGGAGGAUUAUGGCGCCGAGUGUAAAUUGUGUACUAGACCGUUCACCGUCUUCAGCUGGAGCGCUGAUCGAGCCCACGGUCGAAAGAAGCGAACGAACAUCUGCCUGACAUGCGCACGACUCAAAAACUGCUGUCAGGCCUGUAUGUUAGAUCUUUCAUUUGGUCUGCCCAUUGUCGUUCGCGAUGCCGCCCUCAAGAUGGUAGCCCCCGGGCCAUCGUCCGACAUCAAUCGUGAAUACUUUGCGCAAAACAACGAGCGCGCCAUUGAGGAAGGUCGUGCAGGAGUCGAAGAGUACGAGAAGACGGACGAGAAAGCCAGAGAGCUGCUCCGAAGGCUAGCGGCAAGCAAGCCUUAUUUUCGAAAGGGUCGACCUGUUGAGGGCCUGAACAACGAUGCUCAAUCAGGCUCAAGCUCAAGAGGUGGGGUCGGCGGUAACCCCGUUGUGGGUGCCGGUGUUGGUGGACCAGGUCCGAUACGGACGAGAGAUUCCAGGGCAGCAGCUGCUGUUGGUGCCAGGUCAGGCAGAUCGAAGCAGGCAUUUCCCAGCGCUGCCCAAUUGCCCCCUGGGCCGCAGGACUGGAUGCCACCCGCCGAUAAAAACAUUAUGUCCCUCUUUGUCACCGGCGUCGAAGACGAUUUGCCUGAGCACAAAAUCCGCGAGUUUUUCAAAGCGCAUGGCAAAAUCAAGAGUUUGGUUUGUUCGCAUAUGUCCCACUGCGCAUUUGUCAACUACGACACUAGGGAGGCGGCUGAGAAGGCCGCCGCGGCGUGCCAGGGUCGAGCCGUGAUCGCAGGAUGCCCUUUGCGUGUUCGCUGGGGUGUUCCUAAGGCGAUCGGUACUAUGGACAAGGAGCAGCGGUCUCAAAUGCUUACGGAUGCUCGGAGAGGGCAGGGAGGCGCGCGAGGCGGAGAUGGAAGGGGUGGACGUAAGCAGGUCAGUGGUGAUUCCGGCAUCGGAGAUGCUGCUCAACCGUCAGUUGCACCGGCGGUUGCGCUCCCUCCGGGUGCAGACGAUGGUUUCAAGUACGCAAGUCUUCAAGGUGAUUAG